ACUCAGACCCGGAGUGGAAUGGCUCCGACGGAGAAUAUGCAAUCAAGAAAUCCGUGAACAGCUUUGUUUCAGAAUGUCUCUGCUGGACAAGAUGCUGAUUAUCCCUCUAGAACCCCCGGAAACGACGCAAAGUCUCGCAGAGGACCUCGGAGGCGAUCAGACUGCCGAGACAGCAAAGUCAUGGGGGCACUCCCGCAUCUUCUACUUUAGCAGAAUUUCAGAAGUUGGCAUUGAAUGUGGUAGGUGUGGAAGACGACUUUGAAAGCCUCAUCGAGCCGUUAUGGCCGGAAUUAAUGGACGCGGCCGCCGUUGCGCAAGUCGAGCGUAUCCGCUACGAUGACAGUGGUCAUGCCGUUAUGCCUAUGUCCAGGCUGCAAGCACAGCUAAUGGCCAACCAGCUUGCCGCGAAAGCAUCUGAAAGCCCCGCGCUUGUCCUCCUUCAUAGAAGGCUGAAAAUACAUCCGGAUGAAUGGCGUGCCAUUGUCCUAGGACUGCCGCCAAAGUUUGUGUCUCUUCGCGACUCUCCGGUGAAACCUCUCGAGGAAGCUCUCUCUCCGCCCGUCAACCCUGUAACCCUGAAUGCAUUACAUGCCAUCAAGACAACACCUUACGCACACUCUUUCUUGUCACGCAUGAUGGGGUUCCAGCCCUCGCCGAAGCCCUUAGUCGUAGCAGUGGACUGGGAGACUCGGUCGCCUUGGAUGGAUCUCAUGCGCGAUAUCCGAGAGCAUUACGGUUUAAUGCAGUAAGU